AUGAACUGGCUCACAUCUCAAGCUCCUCUGUCCUUCUCCUCUCCUGGCUCGGGGCAUGCGAACCUGACAGCCGCAUGUCUCUCCUCAACCUUACCCAAACCGACACUAUUCGGCGGAGAGAUACUCAAGGUAACCUCUUCGCUGGUAAGCAACUAUACUGCCCAGUACUGGCAACCACCAAACUUCUUCAACGCAGACCCCCCAUUCUACGGCGAAGACACCAACUUAGACUUCUGCAAUGUCACCGUGACGUACACACACCCAGGUCAGAAUGACACUAUCAACGUGCAUAUAUGGCUGCCCCUUUCGGUCUCGGAUGAGGUCUAUGCAAGUCCCAGAGACAACCGACCACAUUAUCAUGGGGAGAGCAGCAAUGAAACAUCACCAGUUUGGAAUGGGAGACUCCUGUCCCAAGGUGGUGGUGGUUUCUCCAUGUGUCUUCCAGGGUUCAUCUCUCAUUCGGCCCUAUCGCAAGGCUACGCGAUAUCGCGCACCGACGGCGGUCAUGCACCCCAACUUCUUGAGCCGCCUGAGUCGCCUGACACCGAAACGUGGGCUAUGCUCUCCGAGGGAAACGUCAACUUGUAUCUCUUCCGGGAUUUCGCCUCUGUAUGCUUGCACGACAUGGCCACCAUCUCAAAAUCUAUUGUCACCUCCUUUUAUGGCCUGGCACCAAAGUAUAGCUACUUUCAGGGUUGUUCCACAGGCGGCAGACAAGGUCUGAUGCUGGCUCAACGUUAUCCUCAAGAUUACGACGGCAUAUUGGCGGCCGCCCCGGCAAUAUACUGGCCCAAGCUGAUCGUGAUGCACUACUUUGCGCACAUGAUGAUGAAUUCGCUCAAUGAGUAUCCUCCGGCGUGUGAGCUGGAGGCCAUCACGAGAGCCGCGAUAGAGGAGUGCGACGAGUUAGAUGGUGUCAAGGACGGUGUCAUCUCGAACGAAGAAGCGUGCGAAUUUGACCCGUUCAAGCUGGUAGGGAGAGAAAUCGACUGUGAGAUGGUGUACGCAGACGACGACGAAGGUGCAGAGGGAGAGCAACGCCAGCAGCGAUCAAAUCACACAAUCGUCAAGAUUGGCUACGCCGCGCCGCAUGUCGCGUGGCAUCUCUGGGGCGCCGCACCAGGCUCGGUCAGAGAACCCGACUGGCAUCGCCUGACGCACUCGACGCCGUUGACAUCCUUUGCGUCCACGACGUGUUUCCAGGGAAAUAACAGCUGCGUUUCGAACCCGAGCUCCUUGGUGCUUGACUGGGUCCGGCUCUUCCUCUACAAGGACCCUAGCCUCACCACCGCCGAGCUCGCCGAACGGAUCACACUCUCCGAACUUGUCCGCCUCUUCGACCAGUCUGAGGAGGAGUACCACUCGUUCAUCUCGACGAGUAACCCGGACCUGAGCGCCUUUCGUGGGCGCGGAGGAAAGAUGAUUACCUGGCACGGGACGAGCGACGAGGCCAUCAUGCCAGGCCAGACAGAGCAGUACUAUGAAGAAGUACUGCAGCAAGAGCAGCGCCGGCGGCAGCGGCGGCAGUACACGCAGACGUCUCAGUCAGACUCCACCAGUGACAACGAAGACGACGACGUGAGGGACUUUUACCGACUUUUCCUCGCCCCUGGUGUCCAGCACUGCGGCGGCGGCGAGGGUGCCCUUCCCGUCAACGCGCUGGGCCAGCUGAGGACGUGGGUCGAACAGGGCGUCGCCCCGGACAUACUCCAUGGCGAGAGCUUCACCCGGACCCGCGGGGACAAGAUCCGCAGGCCGCUGUGCCAGUAUCCCCUUGUGGCGCGGUACAAGGGCCACGGCGACACGAGCGAGGCUGAGAGUUUCGAGUGCGCGGACUCUUUCUGA